AUGUCUAACUGUAGUACACAUAUAAAACUAUCUGUUAUUUUUUUUCUUUAUUUUAGUUUAAAUAUUCCACUUGAAGUAUUAAUUCAACCUGAUUUACGUGAUUUAUAUACUGAUGAAGAUAUUCAUCAAUCUCUUGAACUUUAUAUUAAUGAAAUGUAUCCAUCACUUCGUCCAUUUACAUUUGAUUUAGCUUAUUUAAUUAAUGAAUCUUUAACAUUAAAACGUUUUAUUGAAAUGGGUGUUGAUAUUUAUCGUUGGAAUCAACCAAAUAUAAAAGCAAAAUAUAUAUUAACACUUAAUUUUGAACGUGAUUGUAUUCAACAUAUUAUUUUUCUUAAUGAAUUAGGUAUUAAAAAUAAAUAUCUAGCUCAAUAUCUUAGUUAUAAUCCAUGGAUAUUUAAAGAAAAUCUUGAUGAUUUAUAUGUACGUAUAAAUUAUCUUAAAAGUAAAGGUUUUAAUCAAGAAAAUAUUCAUGAUAUACUUAUACGUGCACCAUAUUUAUUAAAUUUAAGUACAAAAAUAAUUGAUACAAAAAUAAAUUGGUUUAUAAAAAAAUUUCAUUUAAAUAAUAAUAAUAAUAAUAUAAAAGAAUUUAUAAUACGUUCACCUAAACUUCUUACUUUACCAUUACAAGAUAUAAGUAAUACAUAUUUUAAUAUGCAUUCAUUAUUAGGUUUUGAACAUAAUGAAUUACAAAAAAUUUUUCAACAAUAUCCAAAAUUAUUUAUAUAUGAUUAUAAAUUAAUUGAAUUAAAUUUUGAUUUUCUUUUUAAUGAAAUGAAUAUAAAACGACAAUAUUUAAUUAAUUAUCCACCUAUACUUAAACAAAGUUUUCAACAAUUACGUACACGUUGUUUAUAUUUAAAAUAUAUAAAACGUAAUCAAUUUGAUCCAACAAAAUCAAAUUUUAUUUCAUUAAAAAAUCUUUGUUUAAAAACAAAUGAUCUUUUUUGUCAAUAUGUUACAAAAACAUCUAUACAACAUUAUUUAAACUUUAUGAAAACAUUGUAA